AAUAGGUAAAUAUUGGACUAUGAAACGUAGCUGUCAAUGACAAUUAUUUGCCCAUGUAUUCGGCCUUCCCUUCCAUUGAUUAAACUAUUUUUUUCAAUCACAGUCUAAUUAAAACCCAUUCCAUCGUGAUUUAUGUGAUUAUUCGGCGUCCAGCCUCCGCACAAAAUUUGAUGGAUCCUUGGGGCACUGAAGUGGAAAAAUCAACAGUUGUGUCUGCAUUUGAAGAUAAUUUCGAGCCCGCUCCUGAAUUCGAGAAGUUGUCCGACUCCGAGGAAUAUUUGGCCGUUUUGGAACGGAAACUCAAGGCCGUAAGGUCCAAAAAUAAGGUAGUUGAAAACCUAUCAGCGUACAGGGCUGACUGUAUUGACCGACUCCUCCGCGAGGGCUGCGACUUGGACCCCGUCAUCGGCGACACAGAGGCUGAGAAAUUGUUGCAGGAAUAAUCAAGUAGCAUAAAUUUUGUAAGUAACCAUGGCGUCAUCAUCUCAAAUUGACUUAUCUGGCACAACAUACUGUGUGCUCACAGGUGCCUCUCAGGGCAUAGGUCGGGCCAUAGCUGCGCAAGUCUCAAAGAUGCUCGGCCCAAACUCUGUCAUGCUCCUCCUGGCUCGUAACAAAGAACAGCUCUCACAGACCGCUAGCCUGUGUGAAUCUAAGAAUGUCAAAGUUUUCUACGAAUCCAUUGAUUUAUCAAAGGCAUCACUGCUAGAAAUGAACUUUGCCUUAAAUAAAUCAUUGGAGGGACGCAGGGUCACAGAUUUCAGCACAAGUUUGAUAUUCCAUAAUGUUGGGUCUCUUGGAAACUUAGCUGUGGACACAGCACGCAUGCAAGACGUGCCUGAGUUGAGGGAGUACUAUGAUUUGAAUGUCUUUAAUGUGAUUGCGUUGAACACCCAAUUCUUAAAGCUCUUUGAAGAAGUGGAGGACAGAGUGGUGAUUGUAAACAUAACAUCUCUAUGUGCUAUCAAGCCGAUGAGUGGCAUGGCCUACUACUGCAGCGGUAAGGCUGCCAGGGAGAUGUACUUCAAAGUUUUAGCUGAGGAGAAGAAACAUAUCCGUGUGUUGAACUACUCUCCAGGACCCGUUGAGACUUCUAUGAUUGACUAUGUUCUUGCCGAGACAGUCAACAAGAAUCUGAGAGAUGUUUUCAAUUCUUUCAAGAACCAGGGAACCCUGCUCAAACCUGAAAUGACAGCUAGGAAAUGCGUAAAGGUGCUGCUUAACAGCAAAUUCAGCCCAGGGGAGCAUGUGGAUUACUUUGAUGAUGAGUAAUGGCUCAUUUCAAGUCCAUAAGGUGAAUGUCUACACUAGCGUUAGAUUUCUUACUUAAAUGCCAAUCUACAUCAGAUAUUUUCAACUCAUUUUAUAUCAAAUAAAAAGCUACUUUAUUGUAACUAAUUUAGAAUUUUUAUUGGUAAAUAAUGGCAUGUUGCUGACAUAUAAGAAAGCAGAAUAUAAGAUAUGCGGAUUAUGUCAGCUUUACUGUUCUGAUAUGUUUGAAUGUUUAUACAAAAAUUGUUUUUAUGCUCGUGUAUUUAGUGCUCAAAUUUGUCACGUUAUGAAAAUGAGGUAAAUGUAAGAAUUAUUUGAAUUUAGUCAUGUUAGUGUUUACGCUCUAUCGAUAUUUCUAGACAUAAUCGUGCUAAUUAUAAACACAAAUAGCUAUUAUCACAUAGUAGACAGGCAAAAAGGCUGGUUUGAUAAAUGAUUACUUUUAUGGACCUACGUUGAAAUGCUCGUUGAUACGUGUCUUAUGUUUGUAAGUACAUAAUUAUGAUUGUUAUUGAGGAAGUUGGGGUAACAUUUAACAUUCCAUUAAAUUGCGUUUAAAUUAUAUUGAUGUUAAUAAGAAAACUUUCUUUUUAUUUAACAAUCGUUUUAACGAUAUAAGCUGCUUUAUAAGUUCUAUGGUUGUGUCCUGCACAAAAUAUAAGAAAGCGCUUUUGAUAGCGUUGAUAAUACAGAUGGUAAGGAUGUGAAUUUAGAGUUUUGAUAAAACCAACUAUAAUACAACUAAGUCAGCUGGAAAUCUCCCUGGACAAUAUUGGUUGGUUUAUAAACUGUAGGAUUUCAAUAUAUCUAAGUUUUAUCGCACAAUUUAACUUAAUUUUUAUCGCUAUUGCAUUUUAACAAGCACGCUCGUGUAUUCUGCUUUCUUUACUUUUAACUAUUAACAUAAUCUAGAUAUUCUAUAAUACGUGUCUCAAAUGUAACUUAACGUAGAUAUAAUAUUAUGUAGUGUGUACUAAAAGAUCUGUGUGAAUCUCUAAAACCCCAUUUGUAUGUGUUAAUGAAGGCUCUAAUGACAUAAAGACAUUGGUGAUAUUUUGAAUUUAUUGGGUAAAAAGUCGUUUUUGACCGUCAGUUUUUGGUACAUUACAAAGCCAGCUUAUAUUAUAACAUAUAUAUCUGCUUGUGAUUUUAUUCGUUAGCGGUUAAUUAUGUUUUGUCAAAUAUAAAGAUCUGAUUUUUAUUCUAUAAUGUACGCUUUCCGUAUAUUAAUACCGAAGUGGUUAUGUACUAGUAUUUAAUGUGUAUGAAUGCAAUUCAUAUUUAAUCUGUAAUAAACAUUGGAAAUUCAA